CGCACCAUGUAAGUGACACACAUGUAACAUGUUGAUUCCUGCACAAAAGUAUAGGAAAUUUGUAAUGUAUGAAGCAACCUGCAGAAACCCUAACCUUUAAAAGUAGAGGAAAAUUAGAAAGAUAUGAGAAUGCAGAAUUAUGUUGAUAGAUGUAUAAGGAAGUGUAGAAGUACUUUUAAUGGGAAAAUGGAGUGUAGGGAGCAAUUCCUUCUCUGGUUUAAAUUUGAUAGUCUUUUCAGAUCAAGCUAAAAUGCUUUCUUUAAUGAACUGUUACCACUUACCACAACAGCAGAGAAACAGACAAGAUUUAUUUUAUAUAAAUAAAUUAUGUGUACCCCAAAGAGACCAAGCAUUAUUUGGCUCUAUGUUUUUUUCAAUCCAGUGAUCAACAUGUAUAGUUAGAAGUAAAUCACUUGAGAUUAGUAGGACUUACUUCCUAGUAAAUAAACUUAGGACUGCAGCCUUUGUUUCACUGGAGUUUUUAUCUUAAUGUCUGCUGUUGUGAUUCUCACUGUGAUAGCUGUCUGGAGCAAAUUAGAGAUGUUCAACUGUAAAGGAGGAGAUGAAAGAGAUGUUUUAUUACCAAAACUAUUGUAGUGAAAUAAUCAACUCGCCCAGUAGGGUGGGGAAGGUUGCAAGGCUACAGAUGCGAAGAGAUUGGACUGCACGUUAUUAUUAUUAUUUAUUUAUUCUACAUUAUUGUUACUCAAAAAGCUCUGCUGUGAAAGAGACCCCAUGUGUCCCCCUGCUGAGUGGUCAAGAUGCUUAUAACAUGAGUGCACUGUAACAGGGGGAGGAGAAAAGGGUUGUGCCAAGUGUUAUCUCAGACAAUAGCAGGCUUGAAACAUCUUUCUUUGGCUGUCAAAACUUGUUUUCGCAUGAGCAUGGAGAGCAUUUGGACUUCAUGGGAAUGUGUAGUGUACUAAUGAUGAUUUUGCCACAUUUAGCAGCAUUCCCAUGUUUAGCAUCUUGCUUCGUCCUUUUUUGUCUGAUAUCUCUUGAUGCCUCCUUGGGUUGAGUUGUUUUCCCCCUCCUGAAACAGCUGGAGACUCCUGGACCAGCAAAGUGUCACCUGGUGAGACCUGUUUUUGGUGGGGGCCCUGACAAAAUGUAAUCUGUAAUGUCGCAAGAGGGGGGACAGUGUGAUGUGACGCUAUUGUAUUCAGCAUUUCUGUUAGCAGAGGUCAACACAGUGGACGCACCAUAGCUGUAGCGCUGUUCCUUCCUCCUUGAACCAGUUCAUGUGUUACAGGUUAUCUGUUCUAGUUCAGUGGCUGCCCACUCACCGGUUCAGCUUUGUUAAGAUUUGGACGUUGGGAGAAGAUUACCUCAUUCCAGCUGGCCACCACUAAAGGUUUUUCAAAGUGUGUUUUGACUCUGCCUCCAGGAAGUGUUAAGCCAUUCCUGUAUGCUGCACUCUCCACUGGCCAGAAGGACACGUCAGAAUAACAGUCUUUGACCACCAUGAGUUGGAGUUUCUUGACGCGUCUAUUAGAAGAAAUCCACAACCACUCCACAUUUGUUGGGAAGAUCUGGUUGACGCUGCUGAUUGUAUUCCGCAUUGUCCUCACUGCUGUUGGAGGGGAAUCCAUCUAUUACGAUGAGCAAAGCAAAUUUGUGUGCAACACAGAGCAGCCAGGUUGUGAGAACGUUUGCUAUGAUGCUUUUGCCCCACUCUCUCAUGUGCGAUUUUGGGUUUUUCAGAUCAUCCUCAUCUCCACGCCCUCAGUGAUGUACCUGGCCUAUGCCAUUCAUAAAAUUGCCCAUAUCGUAGAACAUGGUGAAACAGAGAAGAAGUUCCGAAGCAAGCCUUUCCCCAUGCGUUGGAAACAACACCGGGGCUUAGAAGAGGCAGAGGAUGAUCAUGAAGAAGAUCCAAUGAUGUACCCAGAGAUUGAGCUAGACAGUGAGCAGGAGAACAAGGAGAAUCCACCCCCAACCAAAGUAAAGCAUGAUGGCAGGAGGCGCAUUCGAGAGGAUGGACUCAUGAAAAUUUACAUAGUACAGCUCCUGAGCAGAACUAUUUUUGAAAUUGGCUUUCUCAUUGCCCAGUAUUUCCUCUAUGGGUUUGAGGUCAGCCCAAAAUUUCUAUGUAGCAGGAAUCCAUGUCCGCACACUAUAGACUGCUUCAUUUCAAGGCCUACAGAAAAAACCAUCUUCCUGCUCAUCAUGUAUGGUGUGAGCUGUUUAUGUUUACUUCUGAACAUUUGGGAAAUGCUUCACUUAGGAUUUGGCACCAUCCGGGACACACUGAACAAUAAGCGAAAAGAGCUAGAGGAUUCAGGAACCUAUAAUUACCCAUUUACUUGGAAUACACCAUCCGCACCUCCAGGCUACAACAUUGCAGUGAAACCUGACCAGAUACAGUAUGCAGAACUCUCUAAUGCCAAAAUAGCCUACAAGCAGAACAAGGCCAACAUUGCGCAGGAACAGCAAUAUAGGAGCAAUGAAGAGAGCAUUCCCACCGAGUUGGAGAACUUGCAGCGAGAAAUCAAAGUCGCUCAGGACCGCUUAGACCUCGCCAUCCAGGCAUACAACAAUCGGAACAACCCUACCUGUUCCAAGGAGAAGAAGCCCAGAGGCAGCUCAAACAAAAGCAGUGGCAGUAGCAAAUCAGGGGAUGGAAAAACCUCUGUCUGGAUUUGACCCUGUCCACCUAGGAAUUAAUAUCUUGCUACUUUUCCCUUGCAGUUUAUGGUGACUAGCACAUUUGUUGCAUAAGGAUUCCCAUUAAUGAAAUACUCAGCUUCACUGAAGUUCAGGGAUGUUUGGGGUUGCCAAACAGCACUCACCAAAUGGGCAGGAAGGGGAAAGCAUUCGUGCUCACACUCCAGUGUUUCCAGAACAUUUAUUUCUUGUUUCUUCCAAGUCAGGAGAAGACCCAGGUUUAUUUUUUUAAAACCAGUCAUUCUUGUUGAACAGUUUACACUGUAUGUACAGUGUUAUGGUACAUUUUAUUAUGCACAAUUUUUUGUAUUUGUAUAUUGGAUAUCACAGUUAUAUCUUUUACAUUAAAAGGAAACGAAUUUGG